AUGGGCAAAUCCGUAUCCCGUGUCUUGAUCGGCACGGCCGUCUUCGUGUAUGGCUUCUUUACACUCAUUCUUUACGGUCUCAUUGCUAUUGCGAAAGGCACAUACUUCAGACGCACCACUGAAAACGAGAAACUGGAGCUACAGCUUGCUCGCGAUCGCCUCUGGGAUUUAUCUAAAGUUUUCGAGGGUCUCUCUCACCACAUCCUCACCUUGCAAAGCGGAUUCAAGUUCCACUUUGUCAGUAACGAUAUCCCGAACACACCGGAAACCGUCAAUUCCGACAAACCAUUAGUCAUUUUCAUCCACGGAUUCCCGGAUAGCUGGGCAAUCUGGCGACGCAUUAUUACAAACCCUGCUCUGCAGGAGGCUGUUUCGCUGGUUGCGAUUGACCUUCCCGGAUAUGGAGGAACGGAGAGCCUGGAAGAAUAUAAUGCAACAAACGUCUUGGAGAGAUUGACAGAGCUGAUCGUCACCCUACGGACCCAGUAUGGCGUAGACUCGGGCAACGAAAGCAACAAGAAGAGAACCAUAAUUGUCGCCCAUGACUGGGGUUGUGUCUUGUCCAUGCGCCUCGCUGCCGAAGCUCCAUCCCUGGCCCAUCGGUUCAUCCUGUCCAACGGACCAUCAAUGAAAUUGGUUGAAUCCAAUAUCCGCCGUCUACUCUUCUCGACCAGAAAGAUGCUCGGUAACGCCUGGCGUUCACCACUACACGCCCGCGUCCCGCUGAUGCAAGCACUCAGAACCAUCACCCCUCUCGCCCGCCAGCUUGUUCUAUCCGGCUAUAUCUUUGCGAUGCAGUUACCCACGCCAGUGGUCUACUUUUUCCUGACUGGGGGUAACUGGUCACUGUUGAAAAGUACUCACAUCACCUCGUACAACAAGGACGAACAUACCCACCUCGACGUGGCCGACUGCAUGGCUAGCACCAUGGGCCCUUCCGCCGCAGAAUCGCAUAGUAAAACUCCCAGCGGUGAUGCCUAUCCCGCCAGCCUCGACAAGCGCGCCCUCGCGCAUGUCUUGCACAUGGCGGCUUAUUACCGUGAUCGUGCGGCGACGGCACGUUGGGUCAAGUCCAUUGAGACUGUUGCUGGUUUGCACAGUAUUUCAUCGAAAAAGCGAAUGGCGAGCAGCGGAGCUGGGCUGUUUGAUGAAGGUCCCCCAGGCGCUCUCAAAGCUAGCACAACCAUUUUCUGGGGCAAAAAUGAUAUUGCUCUUGACCCGAGGAUCUGCCUCGAUGGGAUGGGUGAUUACUUGGUGCAGGGAUCCCAGAUUGUGCUACUUCCCCGUACUGGACAUUGGACUCCGCUUGAACGUGAGAGCGGCGCAGCUUUGACCAAGACUAUUGAAUGGGCUGCUCAAGGCGAACAGGGGGACAUUGGGACGGUCAUUGUUGAAUCCUACCCUGGUGCCCAGGUCACGUUUUCACGAUAA